AUGGUCCAAGAGACCAAUUUCGACGUCAUUAUUGUCGGAGCUGGGAUCAGUGGAAUCGACUGUGCCUAUCGCCUCCAAGAACGCCUUCCACAUCUCAGUUACGCCGUCCUUGACGGUCGAGGCGAGCUCGGCGGAACGUGGUCGCUCUUCAAGUAUCCAGGCAUACGCUCCGAUAGCGACCUGAUAACUUUUGGAUUCCCAUGGCAUCCGUGGGAGUCGGAACGCGAGAUUGCCACCGCCCCAGCCAUCCUUGACUACCUCCAGGAUGCAUGCCAGAAGAACGGCAUCGACAAGCGCAUCCGCUACCACCACCAUGUCUCCGAGUUGCACUGGAAGUCAGAUCUGCAACUGUGGCAAGUCAAGGUCCUUCUGAACCACACUCCACAAACCCCCUCAACAAACACCCGAAUGUUCCACGCCAGGUACAUCGUGAUGGGCACAGGCUACUAUGACUACCACGAGCCUUUAGCCACAUCAGUACCUGGCUUGGAAAUGUUCAAGGGCUCGCUCAUUCACCCACAGUUCUGGCCAACAGACCUGGACCAUAAGAACAAACGCGUGGCGAUCAUUGGCUCCGGCGCCACAGCGGUCACCAUACUUCCGGCAAUGGCUCAGACCGCCGAGAAAGUCACCAUGAUUCAACGCUCACCUGGAUUCUUCUUCACGCCGCCCCUAUCAGAUGGUUUCAACAUUUGGGCCAAGCGGUGGCUGCCAGCAGGCCUUGCAUAUCGUGUAAUGCGGGCUCGAAUGAUCGUGAUCUUGUUCCUGCUCAUCAACUUUUGCUGGUGGUUCCCGAACACGGCCUCGAGGUUCCUCAAAGGCGAAACGAAAAAGCUCUUACCGCCUGACACCCACCUCAAGAUGGACCCUGACUUCACGCCAGCCUACACCCCGAUGCAGCAGCGACUAUGCAUCUCACCUGGAGGCGACUUCUUUGACGCCAUAAAAUCCGACAAGGGCGACAUCGUCACCGGCCAGAUCGAGCGCGUCGAGGCAAAUGGCGUGCGCAUGACGGACGGCCGCUUCGUGGAGGCAGACAUCCUGAUCACCGCCACGGGUCUCAAGAUUCAUAUCGGCGGCCACAGUAAGCUUUUUGUCGAUGGUGAGGAAGUUCCCUACAGCUCAAGAUUCGUUUGGAAGGGCACCAUGCUGCAGGACGUGCCCAAUUUUGCGUUCGUGGUUGGGUAUGUCGACACACCGUGGACUCUGGGGAGUGAUGCAACUGCUCGACUGUUCACGCGUAUCAUCAAGGAGGCGGAAAGGCGGAAAGCUGCGUUUGUAAUGCCAAAGCUGACCGAGAAGGAGGAGAGGGAGGUAAAAGUUGUUCCGUAUAUUGGGUUGAAUAGCACCUACCUGAAGCGUGGCAAGGAGUUGGGGUGUUUUCCCAAGGGCGGUGAUCGAGGACCUUGGGUGCCGCGGCAUUCGUAUAUGAAGGACAACUGGGCGGCGAACUAUGGGUCCAUGAAUGGGCUUGUGUUUAGAGGACGAACAACGAAGUGA